AUGGAUAAUAACAUAUCUGCUUGGCUUGAGGAAGCUGACGAUGAUAUGUUAGAUGAUUUUGACCUCGAUGAAGAUGACAGUGAUGGAGACGUAUUAGAUAAUCCAGAAAAUAGUUAUCAAUCUAUUGGAAAUGAAAGUGAUUCCGAAAUGUCUUGUUCUGACGAUUCUAUUGGAAAUGAUUUUCGUGGAUAUAAUAAAGGUAAAGAUAAUAUUAUCAAGUGGUAUACUGACCCUCCUCCUCGUAAUGUUAGAACUCCACAAAGAAAUAUUGUAACACACCUUCCUGGUGUAAAAUCGGCAGCAAAAAAUGCUAAAACUAUAAUUGACUCUUGGGAACUUUUUUUUCCCAACGAUUGUUUACAAGAAAUUACUACUUGUACUAAUAUAUAUUUAGCAAAAAUUCGUGAUAAUUAUCAAAGGGACAAAGAUGUUUUAGAUACUGACGUAGAAGAAAUUCGAGCACUUAUCGGUCUCUUAUAUAUUGCUGGUAUGUUGCGAAAUAAUCACAUAAAUCUUUCCGACUUGUGGGCAAACGAUGGAUUCUCUCCAGACAUUUUUCGUGCUGUUAUGUCUGAAAGACGUUUUUACCUUUUACUUCGCGCUUUACGAUUUGAUAACAUACACACUCGAAAUGAACGAAAAAAAAUUGACAAUUUGGCACCAAYUAGAACGGUUUUUGAUGAAUUCGUAAAUCGUUGCAUAUCAUUUUAUACACCAGGAGAAUAUUGUACAAUCGACGAAAUGUUAGAGGGCUUCCGAGGACGAUGUAAAUUUCGUCAGUACAUAGCCAACAAACCUAAUAAAUAUGGUAUAAAGAUUUUUGCUUUGGUAGAUUCACGUGUAUUUUAUACAGUAAAUAUGGAAAUUUACGCAGGCAAACAACCGAUUGGACCAUUUUUACAGAAUAAUAGUGGAGCUAGUGUUGUCAAACGUAUGAUAAAACCAAUUGCUAAAACAGGCCGUAAUAUUACUAUUGAUAAUUGGUUCACUUCAGUCCCUUUAGCAGUCGAACUACUAAAAGACUAUAAAACUACUAUG